AUGUUGUCCUUCCGGGCAUUCCAGCGAGCUGCCGACCAAGCAGCUCGCAGACCAUUUCAACCCAGUUCCAGGACCAUUCUCAGGUUCGGACAAGCUCCAAGUUUUCAGCCACGGCGGUCAGCUUCUUGGGGUCCCAACCCGCGUUACAAGCGAUUUGGUGAUGGAAAUGGGUCUGGACGUGGACAGGGGCAGGGGCAGCAAUGGAGCAACUUUGGUCCCGUCUAUCGCAUGCAGUACCUCUGGCGGAACUACCAGAGGCCGCUGACCGUGAUUGGGGUGGGCGGUGGAGUGUUUUACGUCUACAACCUCGAAGAGGUCCCCGUCACUCACCGACGACGUUUCAAUAUGCUGUCUCCGGCGGCCGAGAAGGAAUUCUUUGGCGGAGCUGGAAUGUACAAGUCUGUCCUACAAGAAUUUCAAGGCAAGAUCCUUCCGGCCGACCACCCUCUCACCAUGCAAGUCGCCAAAGUUGUCGAACGGCUGCUUCCGACCACUCGCGGUCUGGCUGGCGACGACUGGCGGGUCCAUGUCAUCAAUGAGCCUCGAGAGAAGAAUGCAUUUGUCAUGCCGGGCGGAAAGGUCUUUGUCUUCUCCGGAAUUCUUCCAAUUUGCGAAAGCGAGACUGGUCUGGCUGCCGUCCUGGGUCACGAAAUCGCUCAUAAUGUCGCCCACCACGCUGCGGAGAGGGCUUCGAGGUCCAGCUUUGUCCUCCUCGCCGCUUGGGCAGUAUCCCUUGUCUUUGAUAUCAGCGGACAAUCCGGACGAGCUAUCGCUGAAUUAUUGCUAUCUCUCCCCAAUUCGAGGACGCAAGAAGCCGAGGCCGACCGGAUUGGACUCCUAAUGAUGGCCGAGGCUUGCUACGACCCCCGAGCAGCAUUGGACUUCUGGCAACGCAUGAAGAAAGCAUCAGAAUUUGAACCCCCGCAGUUCUUGUCCACCCAUCCGAGCCACUACAACCGUGCCGAGCAGAUCAAGAAGUGGCUACCAGAUGCCGAGAGGGUAUAUGCGGAUACAGGCUGCGGCACUGCCAGUGGAUAUGAGGACGCGUUCAAGCAAGCUCUUACUGUCCAAAGACCCGGAAGGGAGGCCCAAGUCAGGCAACAACGACCGAUAAUGGUCGGCCGGAAUGACAAUGACGACGACGACGACUUCUUUUGA